AUGUGGAGCGCCGUGCAGAACGUGGCACAGGUGACCGGAGUGGACGCCUUGUCGCUGAUCGCGCUGAUUGUGCGCACGGCAGAGACAGCGAGGCGGAACAAGAAGACAUGCCGGGAGCUGGUAGAGCAGGUGAAGCAGAUCGGCGACCUGCUGCGGAGCCUGGAGGAGCAUCAGCCCGGCAUCAUGCGCCGCCCGGAGACGAGCGGCCCUCUCAGGGAGCUGCACGAGACGCUCCGUCUGGCGUGCACGGUCGUCGAGUCGUGCGGGCAAGGCGACUGGAUCCACGGGCUAUGUGCCGGUGGGUCGCGGGCCAGCCGCCUGAGGGACGUCCAGAGCAAGAUCGCCUUCUACCUCCAGCUGUUCCCAAUCGUCAGCCACCUCCACAGCACCCGCCUCCUCGUGCAAGUUAUCAACAGCGCUGCUCCCACCUCUUCCGGGGGUGCUGAAGAGGAAGUUCUAAGGUCGUUUCAGAAUCUGUCAGAUCCUCAGGAUGACCAAAGGUUUCAGAAUCUGAAUUUUAGUCAGUUGAGGAAUGCCACAAAUAACUUCUCACUUGAGAACCAAAUUGAACAAGGUCCUUUGGCCACUUUAUACAAGGGUCAACUACAUGGCAAUCAUGUCACUAUAAAAAAACAUUCAGUUAUUUCAAGUUCAGAGCAAAACCUACCACCAAGUAUGAGUCAAUAUGAGCUAUGUAGAAACGAAGUUCAGAUUCUACCAAAGCUACAGCACAAGAACAUAGUCAAACUCUUGGGAUCUUGUGCGGAAAGAAGCGAGAGGAUCGUGGUCUAUGAGCACAUGGAAAAUGGGAGCCUUGAGGACGUCAUAUUUGUGCGCGUGGGAGCAGGGUUCACAGUUGACUGGCCUACACGCUUCCGUAUAAUCGAAGGGGUCGCACAGGGAGCAGUUUAUCUACACAAUCACUCUAGGCUACGCGUCGUCCACAGAGAUUUGAAGCCAAGCAACAUUUUCUUGGAUUCAGAUAUGAACCCAAGAAUAUCUAAUUUUGACUUGGCCAAAGUUUUGAGUCCUGGCAUAGACCAAGGCACCGUGGACUGUGUUGUAGGCUCAGUUGGAUUUAUUGCACCAGAGUACAUGAAAAAUGGUACAUUCUCAGGAAAGACCGACGUGUACAGCUUUGGUGUCAUGGUCCUUGAAAUAAUCAGUGGUAAAAGAUGGACCCGGUCAAUUCAGAAAACAUAUUACCGAGAUCUUCUCACAUGGGCCUUCAACAGGACAACAUGCUGUUGCGGCAACAAAAUGGUGCAGAGGCUGAAGGGCUUCAUGCAUCCAACGAUGCACAACAUCGCGUUCUGCGGCAGGGCGGUGCCACGGUGCCUCUCGUUGCCGACGAGGAGGAGGGUGCUGUCAAAUCAGAGGGAGAUCAGGAGGUGUGUCCGAGUUUCCCUGCUCUGCAUCCAAGAGAAGCCCCAGCGCCGGCCGGACAUGCCGGAAGUCACGAGGAUGCUGAGCUCCAGGAAGAAGGCUGUGCCGUUUCCUCGCCGGCCAGGCUAUGCCACAGAGAGCCCGAUGUACGCUGGCGAUAGAAGCACGACGACGCCUUGA